GACGUCAUGAGAGGGAGAAAGCCAAAUCUAGUGGCUUGUGUGAAUUGCCGUCAGAUGAAGCUGGCGUGUGAUCGAAACAAGCAAUUUCCGUCUGCAUGCUCGCGAUGCGCAAAGACCAACAAGGUAUGCUCCGUGGACCCUUCAUUCAGGAGGGAAAAUAAAAGAAAACGGCUUGAAGAAGUUGAGCAGGAGCUCGAACAGAUAAAACGAGAUAGAGCUGAUCAGCGUCAACCGCAACGGCCAAAUCCUGAUAAUAUCGAGCUGGCAGAUGUGCCAGUGACCGAUACCUCAGUUAUCGAGGUGUCUCCGGAUGUUGCAAUCCACUCCAAUGGAAAGGCCAUCGGCAUGGUACAUGUUCCAUCCACGUUGAUUGGCGUCCUGCUAGACGAGUAUUUCACACACUAUGAUGCUCUCUGUCCCAUUUUGCCGAGGGUUGGUGUCUUCGUCAAGUAUUCUGACUCCUGUCCACUCCUCUUCUGGACUGUGCUGGUGACCGCCAUGAGGAGGAAAUCGGAACAUAGAGAGCUAUAUUCAUCCCUUGUUGAUGUUGUUCAGACAAUGGCGUUCGAAGCAGCCUCGCCUCAGCAUAAGUCCCUGUUGACGCUCCAGGGUCUGCUACUUCUCUGCUACUGGCCGCUUCCAUUCCGAAGAAACGAGGAUCCAUCACACUCCCUUCUGGCAAUCGCUACCCAUCUCGGCCUGCGAUUGGGACUUCAUAGGCCACAUCACAGAGCAGACUUUGAGGGCAGUUCGUCCGAAGAUAACACAACAACGAUCCUCAAACGGAUUACGUGGGUGGUAUGUUUUAUAACCAACGUUAGGUCAGUAUCUUGCUGCCAUGCACGUGGAAUGAAAUCUUGUCUUACAAGCAUUAGCCUGAGUGCCCAGCUGGGCCUUCCACCUACAGCUCGCCUCGACCCGGGACUCCUAGAAAUAUUGGCCGCAAAGCCGCGUUGGUUACCAGACACUCUGUACUUUCAGCUCCAUCUCGCAAGAAGAGCGUUGAGCAUAACGCUGACUCUUGGGUGUUCUGAAACCUCGGCGACCGGGUUAUUGAAAGAGCCAGAUCCGUUCAUUCGCAACUUUGAAACUGAUUUCCAAGCGCUGGAUUACCAAUUCUCCCCCUCCUGGUCGCCAGCCGAUCAGAUUCUGUUUCUUGGUUGUCGGAUCAUGCUGUAUACAUUUGCGCUGGCCGACAGGGGGAAAUGGAAGGAUUCUUUGCAGCAUGAGACCUCUUCCCACUGGCUUAUCCGUGCCUAUUUGACCGCGACUACGACGAUCCAGGCCGCGUCCUCAAUGAAGAGUUACCUGAUUUAUGCCCCGGCGCGCCUCCAUAAGAUCCUCAUGAAUGCGAUAUGCUUCCUCCUUCUCCUCAAGGUGUCCAGACAUCAGGACUUGGUUGACCGCCACACCGUGUCUAAUGCAAUAUCCUGCGGUUGGGAAAUGAUGCAGGCACUCUCGGUUAUAGAGGGUGAUUUCAUGUCCCGCGCAUGCGCCCUACUCGACAGAUACCGUGUUUAUUGCGACGUGUCCCCCACCAACACCAAUAUUGAAGAUUUGUUGGCAGUGCAGUCGCGCAUGGGUGCUAAUAUCACAUUCAGUACCGCAAUGAGGGCAAGGGCAUGUGCGACUGCCAGUCAAGGUGAGGGUUCGUCUACUGCCAUGGCCUCCCGGGAGCUCGGAUUACAUGACAUGCAAGACACAGGCCCCCCACAUGAGCUAGACUGGACUGAAUUAUUUGAUACCUGGUUGGACUUUUAGAUUCUAUAUACGAUGCGUUGAACCCCGGUUGUUAAUGAAUAAUGACUUUUUUUUUUCUUGUACUUUUACACUGACGAUCAAGAGAGAAAAUAGACAGAAGCUCAGGCAGGUACAUACAU